UUCAUCCACACAUCUAUUCAAGAGUUCAAGCCGAUCAUCGCGCUACGUUUCUAUUGGCUGCUUUGACAGCGCCGCGUCACGUCAUUGGUGACCGUGUCACACCAGGACGCAUCACAUCCAGUCGAGCUUCUGGGAUGAAUCGUGAGCGCCGUGAUUUCAAGAAGACCUCAAAAGGAAAAUAAUGCACAAAAUACAGACGUGUUUGCGCCACAAUACAGCUGCUUUACGCGUUUGGAUGAUAAAUAACGUUAGUUAAAAUAGUAACUGAUGCUUGUGGGCAGUUCACGCUGGUUUUGGCGGUGUAGUUCAUCAGUGAUUGACGUCAGUACCGACAGCACAUGUGUUUGUGCUCGAGCUGUACCGUCAGUCUGCGUAAAACCGUGCGAGUGUUUGUGGAGAUCGGAGGAGAAUGGCACCGUGGAGUAUCGCGUUCAUCGGUUUACUGUGGGAGUUCCAUUGUUGUGUGUGUCGUGAUGUUUCUCUCCCGGCCGGUCCGCUGUACCGAGUGGCCGGCUUCUCGCUGUCCCUGCCCUGCACCGUGACGGGAUACGAAGGUAAAAGGACGCAGGACUUUGAGUGGUUCCUGUACCAUGAGAAUGCCAAGGGUCAGCAGAUCGGAGUGGUGUCCACACGAGAUACGGGGUUCCCAUACGCUGUGUUCCUACCCCGCGUGCAGUCGGGCGAGGUCCGCGUGGAGAGGGAUUCGGACGGCAAAGCCAGACUGAUAAUCCAGAGGCUCCGCCCAGAGGAUCAGGGACGAUACGAGUGUUACACGCCCAGCACUGACACACGCUACUUGGGUAACUACAGUUCAUCAGUGGACGUCAAAGUGAUUCCAGACACGCUGCUGAUAACACACUCUCGCAUUCUGAGCGGCCAGCCGGUGAUCGAGGGUGCGGAGCUUCAGCUCACAUGUGCAGCAUCCAUCCAAUCAGAGCAGCACACUCACGUCUCGGUCACGUUCGGUGUCCGGGGCAGCAAAGGGGCGGAGUCUGCGGGUCACAACCUCAGAGAAAUCAUCGCCUUUGACCGCGAUCAGCGCGUGGCCCCGGGCCGAGGCGGAGCGUACGAGAAGAGAUACAGAGAUGGAGAGAUCGCUCUAGAAAAGAGGAACGGAGAUGGUGGGAGGGAUCUGUACGUGCUGAAGAUGAGCACGCUGGCACCGGAGGAUUCUGGGGCGUAUUUUUGCGAGGCUGUGCAGUGGAUCAGAGACCCGGCGGGAAAUUGGGAACGCAUCGCGCAGAGGACCAUGGAAGUGGGAAAUCUCGUCGUUCAACCACUCACGGACACACUCACCGUACGCUCGAGACCAGAAGGUGUCGUAUCGCUGCAGACCGGCUCUCCGCUCACCCUCACCUGUCAGGUGUCCGGCGUGGGCGUGUGGAACCGCUCUGCGCUCCUCGUCCAGUGGAUGCGGCGCGGGCCGGCCGGCGGAGUUGAGGUGGAGGUGGCACGCAUGGGCACCGACGGCGUCGUGAGCUGGGGUGAUGAUGCCAGCAGGGCGGGAGGGGGCAGUAUGGAGAAAGAGGCGGACGGGAAGUUUUCUCUGCGGCUGUUUUCCGUUCACCCCGUGGAUGCCGGACUCUACCGGUGCGUUGUGAGCGUGUUCGCCGGACGGCUGACACCGGGGCCAUCGAGCCCGGCUACCAUAACACAGAGAUCGGAAUGGGUCACUGUUAACUUGAAAACCGAAGAUGUCCGUGUGUCCGCCACCAUCGAUCUGCCCCAUCGCCCGCUGCUGAAACGGGGCAGUACGGUCACGCUGCUCUGCAACGUCUCGGUCCUGACCACCGGUUCUGCUCAGGUGGAAGUCCAGUGGAUCCAGAAACCGGAAGACCCCAGGAGGAAAGACGUCACGCUCUCAGAGGACAGGGGAGGACGGGUCCUGGCGACUCUGAGCUACGACGGCGUGACGCGGAUCUACAGCAACGGCAGCGACUUGAGCGUCGACCGCGUAUCGCCAGGCAGCUACAGGUUGAGGGUUUUCUCGGCCCGCGAGGAGGAUCAGGGUCACUAUCUAUGUCAGGUGGAGGUGUGGUCACAGGACCCGCACGGCGGAUGGUACAACACGGGGGGCAAAACGGAAUCAAGGACCGUACACUUGUACCUGUACGCACGAGUUGCUGAUCUUCUGCUCAUUCCUCUGGUGAUCGGCGUGUCGUCUGCUCUGUUUGUGGGCGUGUUGAUCAUCGCGACUGUCACGUGCUGCUUCAUGAACAGACUGGCGAGGCAGCGAUCCCAAAUAAGGAAGUAGAAAACAGACAUGAACGACUGGUUUAGCUAUCUUGUCACACUUGAUUUAAAUCUGCACUCUGAAAGCUACAGCAAAUAUCUUGAAUGUUCAUCUUCACACUGUGUGCAUGACAACAGUCGUAUGUUCACAAACGCACGCAGACUGCUGUGAUAUUAUUAUUAUGCGUUUUUAUCCACUCCACUUUUGGCAACCGCCCUGCUCGGAGAGGAACGAGGUACGGAAACAAAUAUCCCCCUGUGUUGAGGCUCAAUGCGGUAUUGUUUAUGAAAACCAGCAGAAGAUCCACAGAAGUUCAGAACUGAAAUCCCUCGCAUGUUGUGGAUGCACUGCUAUGAAAUCUAAGUGACUUGUGUAUAUGGAAAGCCGUCGUUUUUUCGGUGAUGGACGGUCAUUUCACCGAAAUGCGACCCAGAACUCCUUUGUUCUCAGUCCUGUGACCUGCCGGUUUUCUUCCAGUUUACUUUCUACUUGACAAAGAUCCAGGUCAUUUUACAGACCAAAAUUUAAAAAUAAAUAAAUCAUAUUUAGGUUAUACAUUUGCAAACAUGUAAAAACAAUGUUAUUAAAAUAAUUAAUUCCUUGACGGCAUAAAUGACAUUUCACCUCAGCAAAUACUACCUAAUGUACAUUAUGAGAAUAAGCUUUUAUUUUGUUUUAUGAAAAUUAGGGCUUAAAUGUGAAUCACAUUACUUAAAAGUCUUCAUGCUCUUGAAACGGGCUGCAUUUGACCAGGACAUUUCUCAGUUUUGUUUGACUGAAUGCAACACAAAUGUGAGAAAAGGGAUCAGAACCACUGAGAAAACAAAGUCCAAAUGUGCUGUUUGGAAUUCGGAUAUAUGCAGAAUAUAUCUACAGUUUAAGCUGUCAAAGACUCAAACCUGAGAGGAGGUGAGACGACACGCUUUCAAUGGAGAUCUGUGACUGUGCUGGACGUCUACUUGACAUUCUGCGGUGCAACCGAAGCAUUUACGGUGCCAGAGUUUCCUACUGCUCAUACAGGAAUGAUGUGGAACAGGGACCAGAUCGUCCCUUUAAUAUGAUGUGAAAAAUCACGUUUAUCUUGUGUUGAUGUGAUUUUAGUUUACAGUUGUGUGCAUCUGGGUCAUUCUGCAAAACGGAUGUUUAAUAACGACUACCACAAAUAACUUUCUCAAACAUCCUUAAAUUUUCAUCCCAUGAUUUUAUUUUUAAGUUAAAGACACACUUUAUCCCGACAUGUAUUAAUCGUUAUAUGUUUACCCUUAUAUGUGGCGUAUCCAAUUAUUUACCAAAAAAUACUGUUUUGAUCUUAAUCAAUCACUUCCUUUUUAUAAAUGGAAAAAGUUCCUUGUUUCAAAGAAUGACCCAAAUGUUCAAAUAACCCGGACUUCUCUUUAAAGCAUUGAAGUUCUUCAUUGUGAAAUGUCGUUGUAUCUGUCUAUGUGGGUCAAGCCGCUCUUUUAAAAAGAUGAGAAACGUGCAUUCUUUUUGUUGUCGAUCCCUCGUGUAUAGUCACAGAAUUGACUGUGAUGUCGUCUCUACUGUGACCUUCAUGCACUCUUUUAUUGUACUUUGAGAGGAAAAAGGAUUUUGGGUUUUCUGUUCAUAUUUACAGCGUUCAGAUAGUGAAAUCUGGUUUAUCCUCUUAUGCAAUGAAGUCACGUGACCAAAGGCUAAAUGACAGUCAGAAUAUUAAUCCUCAUGUUGACCGUCAUCUGACGUCAUUGUGACCUGCAUGAGUUUAUGCUGUCCUACGCUUUUCAUCAUCUCAUAAAACAAUCGGAAUUGGAUUGCGGUGUGUUUGUUCAACACCAGGAUGUCUUAUAAUACCUGGAGAAACCACCCAUAAGCGCUCGUGUUUGUCUGUUCAUUGUCUGGCACAUUCGACCACUAUUUUACAAGAUGGCUAUUUUGUAUGAAUCGAAUGAUGUGAACAAUACAAAAAUGUAUGGUUCUCAAGAAAGCAGUAAUGUAGUCCCGACCUUGAACCACCCCUGAACUCAUGGAUAAGAUUAUUUGAUUUUAUACAAAUGAACCACGUUGUAAAAUGGUUGAGAUUGUGUUACAUAUUCAGUAUUAAGAUGGUGGUUUAACUAUAGCAAUGAUCACUCGCGAAACAUCUGUGACUCGCAUGUAUGUGUGAUUGAUGUGAUGUUUCCAAACAAUUUCAGAAAAACACAAUUCCUAACACACUGCCGAUUGCUUUGGACAAAGAAUAUAUAACGUGCACUAAUAAAUCUUGUAUAGUACAAACCACUAACUUUAAGAAUGUAAAUGAUUAAAUUUAAACGGAGAGUUUACCCCAAAAUAAAAAUGUGUCCUCAUUUAUUCCUCCUCAUGUGGUUGUAGAUCUGUAUGUGACUAUUUCUUAACUGGAACUUAAAAGAAGAUAUUUUGGGAAAUGUUUUGGUGUUUUAUUGUUCAUACAACAGAAGUCAAUGUUUGGUUUUUCAAAAUAUGUUCUUUAGUGUUCUGCAGUAAAAAGAAACUUGUGAUGGUUUUGGGUGAACUGUCCCUUUAAGUCGACUUUUAUGUAGCAAUACUAACAUAAUGUUUUAACUUUCAAUGUCUGUUAUUUAAUGCAUAAUCCAGAAGUCAUGUUUUGUUUUGAAGGCUCUCUAUCACUUGCACUGCAUUUUUGGGAGAUUUUGCUGUAUGCUGUCAUUGGUUUACUGUAUACGGUUCUUUUCUUUUGUGAAAACUGUGCUACAGGUUCCUAAAUAAAAUAACCUGGAUAAGAGGAGA